AGGAGGGGAGUGGGGACGAGACAAUUGAACUGAUCAACCCCAUGAUGGAUCUGCUGCCUUUGACCCUGCCUCAAACAGACAGACAGGACUCUACGGAGCUGUCGGUGCAGCAGCGUGUGUUCAACAUAGCCAAUGAGCUCCUCCACACAGAGAAGGCCUACGUGUCUCGGCUGUACCUCCUGGACCAGGUGUUCUGCUCCUCCCUCCUAGAGGAGGCGCGCUCCCGCUCCUCCUUCCCUCUAGACGUGGUCAUGGGUAUCUUCUCCAACAUCUGCUCUAUAUACUGUUUCCACCAGCAGUUCCUGCUCCCCGCCCUGGAGAAACGCAUGGCGGAGUGGGAUGUGAACCCGCGCAUCGGGGACAUCCUGCAGAAGCUAGCCCCCUUUCUGAAGAUGUACGGAGAGUACGUGAAGAACUUUGACCGGGCCAUGGAGCUGGUCAACACCUGGAUGGAGAGGUCGUCCCAGUUCAAAGCCAUCGUCCACCAAAUCCAGAGAGAGGAGCGCUGUGGUAACCUGACCCUACAGCACCACAUGUUGGAGCCGGUUCAGAGGAUCCCUCGCUACGAGCUGCUGCUAAAAGACUACCUGCACCGUCUCCCUGACGACCAUGAUGACUUUCAACAUGCACAGAAAUCACUAGAGUUGAUCGCCACAGCUGCCGAGCACUCCAACACAGCCAUCAGAAAGAUGGAGCGUAUGCGUAAACUGCUGAAGGUGUAUGAGUUGCUGGGAGGAGAGGAGGACAUCGUUAACCCUACUAACGAACUCAUCAAGGAGGGACACAUCCUCAAACUGUCGGCUAAGAACGGCACCUCACAGGACAGAUACCUCAUCCUGUUCAAUGAUAGGUUAUUGUACUGCGUCCCUAAACUGAGGCUGAUUGGCCAGAAGUUUGGGGUGAGAGCCAGGAUCAACGUGGAUGGGAUGGAGCUGAAGGAGAGCAGCAGUGUUAACGUUCCCAGGACCUUCCUGGUGUCUGGAAAACAACGGUCACUAGAACUACAGGCCAGGACUGAAGAAGAGAAGAAGGACUGGAUCCAGGCUAUCCAGGCCACCAUUCAGAGACAUGAACAGACGCUAGCCACGUUCCACCAUCUCAACUGCUCUCUCCGAGAUGAGGACUACACUCCUCCCAACUCACCUAAUUGUUCCGAGCUGGGGAAGCGUGCCCCCACUCCGAUCCGUGAGAAGGAGGUGACUCUGUGUAUGAAGUGCCAGGAGCCGUUCAACUCCAUCACCAAGAGACGUCACCACUGCAAAGCCUGUGGACACGUGGUGUGUGGAAAGUGUUCAGAGUUCAGGGCCCGUCUGCUCUACGACAACAACAGGGCUAACAGGGUGUGCAUCGACUGCUACACAACCCUAGUGGGGGUUCCCCCCUCCCCCGCCAGCCUGACCUGCAGCAUAAACAGACGACGGUCAAUACUAGAGGUACAUAACAGGAUCCUGACUGCCGUAGAAAAAGGGAUGCUUCUGGAUUUGAUCUACUUCCACAGGGAUGUGAAAGCCCAGCGCUCUGUCCCUCUGAUUGGCUUCGAGGUCUCCCUUCCUGAGUCAUGUGACCGCCUGGAACGCCGCUUUGCCUUCAAAAUCAGCCAAUCACACCUUACGCUCUACUUCAGCGCCGACGGGGAGGAGCUACAGCGCCGCUGGAUAGAGGUCCUAUCACGCGCAGGGAGAGGGGAGGAGCUACAGGCUCACGGUUCAAUUACAGAGGCCCUAGAGGAGGAAGGGGAGGAGACUGCAACCUCGGGAGAGAAUACAUGA